GAAGGCGCAAAGGGGACUGCCCACUGCUGAGCGGGGUCCUCUUGCUGUUGUGCUUUUGCGUCUGAGAAAUGUUCUUGUAACUUCUCUCAAUUCUGGCAGAAUACGGAAAUAUGCAGGACACUGUACAAUAGUCAGUGGCCAAAAUAAGACCCGGGGAAUGGAUGUUCAGUCAGGAUCUCCUUUCGGCCAGGGCGACUCCACCAAACAACAAGAGCGCCACUACUACCUGUUAUCUGAGCUGCAGACCCUCGUCAAAGACCUACCCAGCUCGUUUCAACAGCGUCUGUCCUACACAACGCUGAGUGACCUGGCCCUGGCGCUCAUCGACGGCACCGUGUAUGAGAUUGUGCAGAGGCUGCUAGACAUCCAGCAUCUCACCGAGAGGAACCUGUAUAAUCAGAGGCAGAAGCUGCACUGUGAGCAUCAAGCACUCAAGCAAGAGUUGACGAAGAAGCACAAAGCUGCCUUGCAGGUUUGCAAACCGCACAACCUGGCCCUACUGAAACCAACUCAACAAGCAGAGUUCGAGGCUUUGGAGGUACGUUUGAAAGAGGAGCAGAAGAUGAUGGACAAGAAGAUAGUGGCUGAGAUGGAUCAGAAGGUGAUCGACCAGCAGAACACCCUUGAGGCGGCUGGAGUUGCCGGAUUCUUCAUCACAACUAAUCCCCAGGAGUUAACGAUGCAGAUGAACCUCCUGGAGUUGAUUCUCAAGCUUCAGCAGAAGGAGUCCCAGUCGGGAGGCUUCUGCUAUUGAGCUGAACGCCCAAUGGAGCCACCUAGCCCUGAUCUCCUCCCUGGGCAGCCACACGUACUGCAUGGUGGUUGUAUUCGGUCUUGAAUUUAACAUCACCGCGUCCCCAUCAGUAACAAGAUGCACCGGAGCACGGUGGUGCAGCUCACCUGAACACAGUGUUCUGCAGCUCACCUGAACACGUGGUGCAGUUCAGCUGAACAUGAUGGUCUGCUGCUCACCUGAACACGGUGGUGCAGUUCACCUGAACACGGUGAUCUGCAGCUCACCUGAACACGGUGGUGCAGCUCACCUCAACGCUCAGUGGAACGGUUCAGCUGGUGAUUCAGAGCGGAGUCCCGGUGGAAUUAAACUUUCUAUUGGUUCCUCGUUGCGUUGUACAAGCGUAGGGAAGUCAACCCGACCACAAGAUAAGAAAGUACACAACCAGGCCAUUGGGCAGUGAAUGGCGAAUGGAAACGCCUUGCCAGAUGGAUUUGAGUUCCUGUUUAAAAGUAUUUGUGUAUAAAUGUUUUUUUUUUGCAACCAGCUUUCUCUGGCAUUUUUCCUGGCAAUAUAAGUUAACCAUUGAAUCAAAGGUCUUAUUUUUUAAAAAUAAAUACUAGUAAACUGAA